AUGCCUCCAAGACCAUCAUCAGGUGAACUGUGGGGCAUCCACUUGAUGCCCCCAAGAAUCCUAGUAGAAUGUUUAUUACCAAAUGGGAUGAUAGUGACUUUAGAAUGCCUCCGUGAGGCUACAUUAAUAACUAUAAAGCAUGAACUAUUUAAAGAAGCAAGAAAAUACCCUCUCCAUCAACUUCUUCAAGAUGAAUCUUCUUACAUUUUCGUAAGUGUUACCCAAGAAGCAGAAAGGGAAGAAUUUUUUGAUGAAACAAGACGACUUUGUGACCUUCGGCUUUUUCAACCCUUUUUAAAAGUAAUUGAACCAGUAGGCAACCGUGAAGAAAAGAUCCUCAAUCGAGAAAUUGGUUUUGCUAUUGGCAUGCCAGUGUGUGAAUUUGAUAUGGUUAAAGAUCCAGAAGUACAGGACUUCCGAAGAAAUAUUCUCAAUGUUUGUAAAGAAGCUGUGGAUCUUAGGGAUCUCAAUUCACCUCAUAGUAGAGCAAUGUAUGUUUAUCCUCCAAAUGUGGAAUCUUCACCAGAACUGCCAAAGCACAUAUAUAAUAAAUUGGAUAAAGGGCAAAUAAUAGUGGUGAUUUGGGUAAUAGUUUCUCCAAAUAAUGACAAACAGAAGUAUACUUUGAAAAUCAACCAUGACUGUGUGCCAGAACAAGUAAUUGCUGAAGCAAUCAGGAAAAAAACUCGAAGUAUGUUGCUGUCAUCUGAACAACUAAAACUCUGUGUUUUAGAAUAUCAGGGCAAGUAUAUUUUAAAAGUGUGUGGAUGUGAUGAAUACUUCCUAGAAAAAUAUCCUCUGAGUCAGUAUAAGUAUAUAAGAAGCUGUAUAAUGCUUGGGAGGAUGCCCAAUUUGAUGCUGAUGGCUAAAGAAAGCCUCUACUCUCAACUGCCAAUGGACUCUUUUACAAUGCCAUCAUAUUCCAGACGCAUCUCCACAGCUACGCCAUAUAUGAAUGGAGAAACAUCUACAAAAUCCCUUUGGGUUAUAAAUAGUGCACUCAGAAUAAAAAUUCUUUGUGCAACCUAUGUGAAUGUAAAUAUUCGAGACAUUGACAAGAUUUAUGUUCGAACAGGUAUCUAUCAUGGAGGAGAACCCUUAUGUGAUAAUGUGAACACUCAAAGAGUACCUUGUUCCAAUCCCAGGUGGAAUGAAUGGCUGAAUUAUGAUAUAUACAUUCCUGAUCUUCCUCGUGCUGCUCGACUUUGCCUUUCCAUUUGUUCUGUUAAAGGCCGAAAGGGUGCUAAAGAGGAACACUGUCCAUUGGCCUGGGGAAAUAUAAACUUGUUUGAUUACACAGAUACUCUAGUAUCUGGAAAAAUGGCUUUGAAUCUUUGGCCAGUACCUCAUGGACUAGAAGAUUUGCUGAACCCUAUUGGUGUUACUGGAUCAAAUCCAAAUAAAGAAACUCCAUGUUUAGAGUUGGAGUUUGACUGGUUCAGCAGUGUGGUAAAGUUUCCAGAUAUGUCAGUGAUUGAAGAGCAUGCCAAUUGGUCUGUAUCCCGUGAAGCAGGAUUUAGUUAUUCCCAUGCAGGACUGAGUAACAGACUAGCUAGAGACAACGAAUUAAGAGAAAAUGAUAAAGAACAGCUCCGAGCAAUUUGUACACGAGAUCCUCUAUCUGAAAUCACUGAGCAAGAGAAAGAUUUUCUGUGGAGCCACAGACACUACUGUGUAACUAUCCCUGAAAUUCUACCCAAAUUGCUUCUGUCUGUUAAAUGGAACUCUAGAGAUGAAGUAGCUCAGAUGUACUGCUUGGUAAAAGAUUGGCCUCCAAUCAAGCCUGAACAGGCUAUGGAGCUUCUGGACUGCAAUUACCCAGAUCCUAUGGUUCGAGGUUUUGCUGUUCGGUGCUUAGAAAAAUAUUUAACAGAUGACAAACUUUCUCAGUACCUAAUUCAGCUAGUACAGGUACUAAAAUAUGAACAGUAUUUGGAUAACCUGCUUGUGAGAUUUUUACUCAAAAAAGCAUUAACUAAUCAAAGGAUCGGUCACUUUUUCUUUUGGCAUUUAAAAUCUGAGAUGCACAAUAAAACAGUUAGUCAGAGGUUUGGCCUGCUUUUGGAAUCCUAUUGCCGUGCAUGUGGGAUGUAUCUGAAGCACCUUAAUAGGCAAGUUGAGGCUAUGGAAAAGCUCAUUAACUUAACUGACAUUCUCAAACAAGAGAAGAAGGAUGAAACACAAAAGGUACAGAUGAAGUUUUUAGUUGAGCAAAUGCGGCGACCAGAUUUCAUGGAUGCUCUCCAGGGAUUUCUAUCUCCUCUAAACCCUGCUCAUCAGCUGGGAAACCUCAGGCUUGAAGAGUGUCGAAUUAUGUCUUCUGCAAAAAGGCCACUGUGGUUGAAUUGGGAGAACCCAGACAUCAUGUCAGAAUUACUCUUUCAGAACAAUGAGAUCAUCUUUAAAAAUGGGGAUGAUUUACGGCAAGAUAUGCUAACCCUUCAGAUUAUUCGCAUUAUGGAAAAUAUCUGGCAAAAUCAAGGUCUUGAUCUUCGAAUGUUACCUUACGGAUGUCUGUCCAUUGGUGACUGUGUGGGACUGAUUGAGGUGGUGAGAAAUUCUCACACUAUAAUGCAGAUUCAGUGUAAAGGAGGCCUGAAAGGUGCUCUGCAGUUCAACAGCCACACCCUCCAUCAGUGGCUCAAAGACAAGAACAAGGGAGAAAUAUAUGAUGCAGCCAUCGAUCUGUUUACACGAUCAUGUGCUGGAUAUUGUGUUGCCACCUUCAUUUUGGGAAUUGGAGAUCGUCACAAUAGUAAUAUCAUGGUUAAAGAUGAUGGACAACUGUUUCAUAUAGAUUUUGGACACUUUUUGGAUCACAAGAAGAAAAAAUUUGGUUAUAAACGAGAGCGUGUGCCAUUUGUUUUGACACAAGAUUUCUUAAUAGUGAUUAGUAAAGGAGCCCAAGAAUGCACAAAGACAAGAGAAUUUGAGAGGUUUCAGGAGAUGUGUUACAAGGCUUAUCUAGCUAUUCGGCAGCAUGCCAAUCUCUUCAUAAAUCUUUUCUCAAUGAUGCUUGGCUCUGGAAUGCCAGAACUACAAUCUUUUGAUGAUAUUGCAUACAUUCGAAAGACCCUAGCUUUAGAUAAAACUGAGCAAGAGGCUUUGGAAUAUUUCAUGAAACAAAUGAAUGAUGCACACCAUGGUGGCUGGACAACAAAAAUGGAUUGGAUCUUCCACACAAUUAAGCAGCAUGCUUUGAACUGA